GCAGCCGCAGCACGGAGCCGCAGGCAAAGCAGCACCUUGCAGCACCCCGUGAUGUCAUUCAGGUCGCUGUGCACAUGUAAACACGGCUGGCGCGGUGCAGCCAGGACACUCCGCUUCCUCCCGCCAGCACAGUUGCACUUAGCUGGGUUUCUGCCUGAAAAGGAAUGACCCACCCACCCUAUAACACGACAGAUGUCUCCAGCAGCCCAGUCAUGACGCAGAGCAACCAGACCUGCUCCAGUCACAAUAUAACGUUCAAAAACAGCCUGUACGCAACCACGUACACCAUCAUAUUCAUCCCCGGCCUCCUGGCAAACAGCGCUGCCUUAUGGGUCUUGUGCCGCUUCAUCAGCAAGAAGAACAAAGCCGUCAUCUUCAUGAUCAACCUGGCCGUGGCCGACCUGUCUCAUGUCCUUGCGCUGCCACUGCGAAUAUACUAUUAUAUUAACUCCACGUGGCCUUUUGGGAGAUUCCUUUGCUUACUGUGUUUCUACCUGAAGUACCUCAACAUGUACGCCAGCAUUUGUUUCCUCACCUGCAUUAGCAUUCAGAGGUAUUUUUUCCUGUAUCAGCCGUUCAAAGCCAAGGACUGGAAGCGGCGGUACGACGUAGCCAUCAGCACCGCGGUGUGGCUCUUCGUUGGGGUGGCAUGCUUGCCAUUCCCCAUCAUGCGCAGCUACGGCCUGGCCAAAAACACAAAUACCUGCUUUGCAGACCUUCAAGUCCGGCAGAUCGACAGCAAGGUGGCCACCGUGCUGAUGACAGGCACGGCAGAGCUCUUCGGGUUCAUCGGCCCACUCAUCAUUAUUUUAUUCUGUACUUGGAAAACAAAAGACUCUCUUCGGGGCUUCCAGAUACCACUGCAAAAUAGCAGCGAGAGGCGGAAGGCUUUAAGGAUGGUUUCCAUGUGUGCCGUUGUGUUCUGCGUGUGUUUUGCACCAUACCACAUCAACUUCUUUUUCUACAUGUUGGUGAAAGAAAACGUCAUUACAGACUGCUUCCUGAGUACCAUUACACUCUAUGCCCAACCCUUUUGCUUAAGUCUUGCGAGUCUGGACUGCUGUUUGGAUCCAAUCCUGUAUUUCUUUAUGACUUCAGAGUUUCAGGACCAGAUAUCAAGGCACAGCAGCAUGGUCAUCAGGAGUCGGCUCAUGAGCAAAGAGAGUGCCUCAUCAAUUAAGGAAUGACAAGAAAGCCAGCUUAAAAGAACGAAGAUAUUUCAUAUGAAAUCUGAAACUGUUCUGUGAUACUCAAUUGCCAACUCCGUUGUGGAAGAUCCUGCAAGUUUAUUCAGGGGAGUUUUGUGGCAGUGGAAAGCUGUUGAUAUAUAGAAGAUAGAACUCUGUUUAAGACCGAUGUGUUGGAAGCUGAUGAGCAACCCAACUGGCGUGACUACACCCACUGCUGUGCCACCCACACCUGACCUAGCUGGACUAGAAAAUUUACAGGAGGGAGUGACAAAGCUUUUGCUAGGAAAUGGUGGAAACAUCCCAGGAGCUUUUCUUCUAUUUUCCCACCUCCAUGGCUCUAUGAUCAAGCCAAAGACAAUCCCACAUCCAUACACUGACAUUCGCUGUAGUGUCUUCUCUGCUAAAACCAGACAACACAUACAAGAACCUGAAAAUGGCCAGUAACAAUAAACGGCAGUUUUGGUCUCCGCACUUAGGGCUGCAGACACGUGAAGGUUGGCAGCUUGCUUCAGCACAGCAAUCCCGGCUUGCCGCUGCCCGUGCAUCCCACUGGUCACCACGCUUUCCUCUGCUUCACCUUUCCCGCACUCCCCCUCCCACAGUUCAUUAUUUCCCCCUCACCCAGCCCUAAGUUUGCUCCUUAAUUGCUGACGCAUCCCGUAACUUGCACCUACAGCUGGUGCAAGACCCUCUGUAAGACAAAUUCUCCCAAUGGCUCCUCAAACACUCCGGAGAGCGGGACCUGCCCUUGGUGCGAGUGACUUUCUUCCCCUCCAAGCUGCCCCCGUUGGCACGGGGUGGGGGGGGGAAUCAGCACAUGGCCUUUGCCUUUGGACCCCGAGGGGCAGGACCGCUGGGAGCAUGCCGCAGGCUGGGCACAGCCGGACUCCGCAUCGGCGCGGGUGGAUUUGACGAUGCUGAUGGUACUGUUCAGGUCCUCGCUCUCUUCUGUGUGCGGUUACUUGGGCCCAGAGGUAUCUGCGAUGGAUCUGCCCCACAAAACCUUGGCUCAACGGGUUCAACUGACACAUCUUUUAAAAAAGAGAGGUGUCCUUGCCAAGGUGUUUUCACUUUAUAAUCGGCUAUGAAGAUAUGAAAAGCAGUGACAAGAAAGGAUGCCAUUUACCCCUUAUGUUAAAUUAGUGACAGCUCUUCGGCCAAGUUCACCCGCUUUGUGUAACUUCAAGGGUAUCCUCAUGAUACCUGGGGAUUGUUUUGGCUGAACACAGGCACUGAUUUAUUGCCUUUGAAAACCUGUGUUUUUUCAAAAGGAAUUCUCAGUAAGCACCAGCAUCUUACAUGUUGCCACAAAAAUAGAAGAAAUACCAGAAACACUUGCUAAGUGUAUUUUAAAUCUAACUACUCAAUUCCAUGUAGUUACAUUUUAACUCAGCCAAAAAUUUUCUGCAUAUUAUGUUUUCCUACUUGACUGUUUUACAAUAAAAUGGGAAAAAGCAAACAAUAGCCAGGUUGAAAUAACCAUUGCGCUGGAGUUCCUCUAAAAGGCAGCAAAGACAUACUGAUUAAAUACAGUAAACUCUUGUAGUUCUCCUCCCAUUUGUGAGGAGAUGAUUAUGGGCCACAGUACGAUGAACUUGAUCUUACAUAUAGAUAAGUGAAAAUACCCAAAUAUGCCUAUCUGAAGGAAGUAACUGUCACAGAGAGAGUAUUAUUGCAGGCUUCUCUAGUUUUCUGGUGAGAAAGCUGCAGAGUAGGCAAACAGUCCAUCUCCCACUGAAGUCAAUGGAAAUGUUUUCUCAGAUUAAACUGGCAGUUCGUUAUGCCAAUGAUAUACAUACAUGUUUACACACUGCAAGUUGUCCCUUUAAAAAUGUGAGCAGAGGUUGAUGCUCAGGUACACAGUUAAGCACGCGUAAUGAUUUUUUUUGUCAAUUUAGCAGUUUUCUCAUAAGCUAGACACUGUAUAAUAUUGUCAGUGAAGGAGACUUUAGUUUCAAUGGUUAUUUUGAGGAUUUUUAUGGACCUUGACCAGCUAGCAUGUGACUGGGAGCUGUUUACAGGGACUUCUUUCUCAUACAACUCUUCAUUUUUCAGGUGAAAACAAGUUGAAGGCACUGUUAUGGUAACUAUGUAGCUUGUCCUACAUUUUUCUUUCAAAAAACUGAUGCUUAAAAAAUAAACGCAUUUUUGCAAACAUAAGCUGAGUUUUAUAGUUAACA